AUGGAACUUGGGGGUUGGGACAUAAUAUUGGGAGUGGAUUGGAUGACACACUUUAGUCCAAUUACAUUCAAUUUCUAUCAGCUCAGAAUAUCCUUACAUCAUGAGGAAGAUGAGAUUCAGUUGCAUGGGAGAGCAGAAGAUUGUGAUCUGGACCUAAUCAGGAGAAAGGAUUUAAGGAGAUUCAUAAAGUACAAGAAGCAGAUGUGUAUGGCAAUGAGCUCAGCACAGAAUAAAGGAAGAGAAGCUGACCCUAUACCCUCAGAAGUAGCUGAAUUACUACAACAUUAUGAAGAUGUAUUUCAGACCCCAAGUGACUUACCUCCCAGUAGAAAUGUGGACCAUGAAAUACCUCUCAAACUAGGAACUCAGCCAUUCAAAUUGAAACCUUAUAGAUACCCCAUUGCCAUAAGGAGGAAAUUGAGAAGCAAGUUACUGAGAUGUUGCAGAAAGGACAGAUUCUCAAUACCUAAUGUGGAUGAGCUACUGGAUGAACUAACAGGUGCUGUGCUUAAGACUAAGUUGGAUCUCACAACUGGAUAUCAUCAUAUCAGAGUGAAACCUCAGGAUACUUUCAAGACAGCCUUCCAAACUCACUGUGGGCACUUUGAAUUUCUAGUCAUGCCUUUUGGGCUGACAAAUGCUCCUGUCACAUUCCAAUCACUGAUGAAUCAGAUAUUUCAACCUUAUUUGAGGAAAUUUGUUCUGGUAUUUUUUUAUGACAUUCUUGUAUACAGUCCUAUAGUGGAGGCUCAUGUGCAUCACCUGAGGAUUGUGUUUGACAUUCUGAGAAGAUAUUAUAGAAGGUUUAUAAAGCAUUAUGGGCUUGUCUGCAAGCCACUUACUGAAUUGCUCAGAAAGGAUAGCUUCAAAUGGAAUAUGCAGGCACAAAAUUCUUUUGAUCAACUUAAGAAACUGAUAUGCUCAGCUCCUGUUCUUCAGUUGCCAGAUUUCAAGAAGUCUUUUGUAGUAGAGACAGAUGCCAGUAGAGGAGGUAUAGGGGCAGUUCUGAUGCACCCUAUUGCCUUCUUAAGCAAGACACUCUCAGCUAAGAACUUGGGAUUAUCAGUGUAUGAAAAAGAACUCCUUGCUCUAAAAUUGAACACUGCAUUUCAACAUAAGUGGAUGACUAAGCUUCUGGGGUUGGACUAUGUGAUACAGUACAAAAAAGAGUUGCAAAAAAGUUAUGAGGAUGACACUCACUACCAAGACAUUAUAGCUAAACUAGUGCUAGAUCCCAACUCUCACAAUGACUAUACGCUGGUGGAUGGAAUAUUGAAAUACCAGGGUAGGAUCUAUGUUGGAGAGGCAGGGAACAUCAGAGAGCAAGUUAUACGGGCCUUACAUGCUUCAGCAAUAGGUGGUCACUCAGGCCAGAGGAAUUGCUGGCAGAAAAUUAGGAACUUAUUCUACUGGCCAGGCAUAAGGCAAGAAGUGGUGUCCUUUGCAUGGUCUCACAUUGCUACGGAUUUCAUCGAGAAAUUGCCUAAGUCACAAGGCUAUGAUACUAUACUAGUAGUUAUUGACAGAUUCACCAAGUUUGGUCAUUUCAUCAGAUUGACACAUCCAUUCACAGCAAAGGAGGUUGCUCAAGCUUUUCUGGAUAACAUCUAUAAGCUACAUGGCCUACCAGAGUCUAUCAUCACUGAUAGGGACAAAAUCUUCACCAGCAAGUUCUGGAAAGAGCUUUUCAAGUUAGUUGGGACUGAGCUACAUUACUCUUCAUCCUACCAUUCUCAGACUGAUGGUUAG